AUGGUCAAACCACAAGAUGACACUUCACACCCGCCUAAGAAACCAUCACCGGUGAGGGUAAAGGCCAAGCCGGCCACAACCACCAAGGCUAAGAAAACGCCAUCUUCGAAACCUACAAAGCCGAAGCCAGUACAGGCAAAGUCCAAUGGCGUGGCAGCAGCGAAGCCAAAAUCUGCCGUGGUCGAGCCUAAGCGGAACCUAUGGGAAGAGGCGUGGAUGUCCGUCGAUGUGGGCGACGCGAAUAGGAAGCGUCUGACUCAAAAGUGGCAAGAUAGGAACAUAAAUCGGAUGGGAAAACUGCCCAAAGAGUACGUAGAAGGUGUUAUGAAUCUGACUAAAAGCAAACUACGCAUUCAUCAGGAGCGAUGGCCGUCAAAAACGAAGGGGAAUGCUUAUGAUCGUGCAAGUGCUAUCUUGAAAUCGGUCAUGACCGUUCAGGCGUUGGGCGAUGUGGUCGUUAAAUUUGAUCCGACAGGCUAUGCGUCUAUUGCAUGGGCGGUGGUUUCCUUUGGUCUGACGCUUAUCCAAAACAACCAGGAACGGAUGCAGCGCAUUUGGGAAGCUUCCGAAUACCUGGCCGUACUCCUGGCUCGAUACUCUCGCAUCGAGGCUCUUUAUCACCGAGUCCAGAUUUCCAAUGCGGCCGAAUUAGGGGAUGCCAUUGUCAAUGUGUACAUAUGUGUACUACAGUAUUCUGCAAAAGUGAAGCAGGCAGUUACAUCGAAGAGAUUAGACCGGAUUAUCCAGAGUUUCAAAUCACUUACCCAGGAGCCGCUGAAGGACUUGCAAAGUGCCAUUCAGGGAAGCGACGAGAUGGUGGAAAAGUGGUUUCGGCAAAUAAUGGCUGAGCAGCAGCAAUUCAUGUUUGAAACCCAAGAAGAGGAGAUGAAGCGAGUCAAGGAGGUCCAGAGAAUUCUAGGAGAUGUUUCCAAGAGUACAUCCAUGAUCAUGAAGGGCAUUGCGAAGAUCGAUAAGACACUUUCAGGGGAGAUUCAGACGCAGCUACUUGAAUGGCUGUUCCCCAGUGAUAUGGCUGCGGCCAGUGAUGGCAAACACAAGAAGCUAAGGUCUGCCAUUGUAUCCAGCGAUGAGACUGAGGUAGCAGGGAGGUGGUUGCUUGAGCGUCAAGAAUACAAAACUUGGGUGGACUCUCCACAAUCCUUGCUUUGGCUGUAUGGUGAAUCUGGAUGUGGAAAAUCGUCCUUAUGUUCAACCAUCGUCAACCAACUUGAAACGCUGUUCAAGAAAGACAGAAACCGGGUACUAUUGCGGUGGUACUUUCGUUUCGAUGAGACAGACACGACGCGCAUCGACCUGUUAUUGCGGUUUGUCCUACGACAGUUGGGAAGUAGCCUUGGGGGCUUCCCAGAAGACAUUUCCAGUGCCUUGGUAGAAGACCGGAAGUUCGCACGCUAUCCUGACACCAAGACACUCAUCGAAUAUCUGCAUAGCAUCCUAUCAGUGCUUGAGCUACAGAAGGACGUCUUUAUAAUACUAGAUGGCCUCGACGAAGUUCCGAAAGAGUCAGAAGACCGAGAACGUCAUAAAUUGCUCGAACUCAUAAAGCGACUGGCUCAGUCAGGAAUUUCGAACCUUCACAUUCUCCUUGUCAGCAAGAAUGAAGAUGAUAUACGACAAUGUCUUCGGGGACAUCUGAAAGACAUCCUGGUGGAGAUUGACGUAGCGGAAGGACUCGAAGCUGACAUUCGCAAUUACAUUGACACUACUAUGCGGCAUGGUGAUGGCAUAAGCGACCUCCCUGUUUACCUAAAGGCUCGUAUUCAGACACGGCUUAUAGAGGGGGCUAAAAAGAACUUUCUCUGGGCUACAUCAUUGGUCCACGAAAUACGCGAGUGUCGAAAGGACCCCAAGAAAAUUGAGGCAAAGCUAAACGAAGUUCCGACCAGUAUGGUAGCCAUUUACGAGAAACAUUUGAGGUCUGUAAGCGAAGUCGACAGGAAGCUUUUGAGGGCAAUGUUUAUAUGGCUUCUGAGGCAGCUACGACCGCUCACUCAAGAUGAGAUUGCCUCUGCAGUUGGCCUUCAUGACAGUGAUGCGGUUUACGAAAUAUGUACAGGCCAAUGGGUGAGCCAGUCCACGCAAACCUUGACAAUUAACCGCAAGAGCAAGAAGUGUGAUAAAGUCCUUCGGUUCGCCCACUAUUCGGCGAAAGAGUACUUGGAGACCCAGGUCCGCAUAGGUCAGGACAGUCUUAUAUCGCAAUUUCUAUGUUCCGAGGAGCAAGCCCAUUUUGAAAUUACCCAACGCUGUCUUGAUAUUCUGAUGCUGCCAUUGGGGGCGGGAGAUUCGGCCAAUGUGAACAGUUUCGAACUGACGCUACGGAGCUAUGCUGCCGAGUAUUGGUUUCAACAUUACCAAUUAUUCGACAAAGCAGACGGCAUGGCCAGUGAACGUGCUAUGCUUCAAGGGAGAAUUCGUGGACUAUUCCAGUCUGAAAGAUUCGAUGAUUGGCUGAACUGCCUUGAUGCGGGUGAACCUAUAAUGGACAAAAGUGGGACGAAAACCGACAGUAAACGCCAGAGACAUGCCUCAAGAAUCCACUAUGCGCUUAAACUCAAUCUCAGGCCGGUCGUCGAGGGCUUGAUUCAAACUGAUCCCAAGAAUUUGAGCGCAAGGAAUUCUGACGGGGAGACAAUACUGCAAGUGGCAGUUUAUCGUGGCUAUAAGCAGAUUGUUGCGGACUUGUUGAAACAUGUCGAUGUGAACGCCGAGAAAGGUCCCCAUGGAACCGCACUAUAUGUGGCUUCCGCUCAAGGACAUGAUUCAAUCGUUGAAAUGCUACUUAACGCCAAAGCAAAAAUAACAGGAACUGAAGAUGGGAUUUUGGGUAACCCUCUCCAUGUGGCAGCGUACAACGGAUACAACUCCAUUAUCAGCCUGCUACUUUCAGGUGGAGGAAAGGCAAGUAACUAUUCCCGGGGUAUUGCAGUCGACCAUAUAGCUGGAUUCUUUGGGACUGCUCUUGUGGCAGCAUCAGCAGCUGGCCAUGAAUCAACAGUGAAGAUGCUGCUUGAACAGGGUGCCAGUCCAAAUAAGGUUGUCGGUAGAUUUGGAACAGCGCUCCAGGCUGCGUGGAACGCAAAGCCUCUCUCCAAGGGUAUUAUCGCCGCUCUCAAGGGUAGCGGCGCCAAAGACAAAGCCCCAACCCACAAGUCCUGGACUACAGCAUACAGAAGAAUGGAGAAGACUGACAGUGAUACCGUUUCAGCCUAUAGAAAGUUGUUUCUGCCACAGAAGUCCAUUACAAAGGAGCUUUCGCAGCGCCAGAGGCUACUAGCUACCGCAUUGGACAAGUGGAGACGGUUGCCCUGUUUCUGGAAUCUGGAGAAUUGUCAGGCAAGUUUGACUGCAGCAUACCAAUUCUCUGUCCCAUUUGUUGAACAAUUGGAAGACAUCAAGAGGUACAUAAGUGGGAUGCGCAUGGACAAACACGAACUAGAAAGUGAGGACUUCCUGUACAAAGCGUUGCUCUGGGCUGGGAUCAACCACAUUAUUGAGAACAUAGGAACAUUGGUUUCAGGAUGUAUGAGAAACCUCGUCGAGGACUCGCCAUCGCCACAGAAGUCCUCUGCCAACGAGUCGCCCCAAAUACCUCAAGCUUUCUUUAUUGGGCUGCCAAAGAAUGCGACCAAAGGGCUGAGUCCUUCAGACCUCAAUGAUUUAGUUGCCAUGGACCUUGAUGUGCAGCGCGGAAGAUUCGACGAUGAGAACCUACCCGAAUCGGAAUCUGGGCCACAACGUGCUGGUCUUAGGCCUGGAUAUCUGGCGACAGUAGAUCUGCUGUCCCAUGUUAAGGACCUGAUUCAGUUCGGCAGCAAGUGUACACAGUAUCACGGACUUAUAAACGAUGGCCGCGAAAUACCGUAUCACACCAGAGCCAAGGUGGAAGACCUCACGUUUGAAGUCUACUCCGCUGUGAUGCGUCUUGCCACGAUGAAAAAAUGGGACCAUGAUUCUAUUGUGCUUCAACGUACCGUCAAGCACCUGAGCACAAUCCGCAUUCCACGUAUGAGCGAUAUUGACUCCGCUUGCUGGAAGGACCUGACAUUGGCUGGAAUGUCCAGAGAGACCAGGCUCGGGGGCGACGCACUGGCAGAGAUUGCUAAGCAAGUCCAAGGUACUGUCCAUGCCAAUGUGCAAUCAAGCCUAUCCGGCCAGCUUGAUUCAAUCCGCGCUGGCUUGGUCAAUGACGUGCAAGUGAGCCUCGCUGCACUUAUCAAAGAGGAAAUACGAAAUGCAGUGGCGCAGUCUCUGCCUACUCAAGUGCAAGAGUCAACUAGACGUUCCCAAUCUGCUAAGGCCGCUCAGGUUAUAUUGGCCGAACCUCGGUCGUGA